AUGACACGAUCGGCUGUUUAUGUUGUGCAGAAUCAACCAAUUGGAAAACCGCGUAAAUCGACAUAUCAGGAUUUUAAUAAUGGAUUUAGUGAAAUGCAGUAUAGUAUACCGGCCAGUAAAAUUCCAUGGAAGGCUCUCUUACUCGCUGGUGUUCUUUUCGUGAUUGGCCUUAUUCUCAUACUGUCAAGCCUUCUUAUGUUCAGUGGCAUUGUGGAAACAUCGCAUCGUGAUCGUAUUUUGCCAAUACUUGUGCUUGGAGUGAUUAUGUUCAUACCGGGUGCAUAUCAUGUACGUAUUGCAUAUCAUGCCUUCAAAGGUGACAGAGGUUUUUCAUUCGAUGACAUUCCAGAUUUUGACUGA